ACUGCGCAAGCGCAGUCCCUCAGCGUCCAGAGGGCGAGUCGGCGGCGGCGGCGGGUCGGAGCGGCUCCCCGACAAACGGCCCUCAGUGAGCACCGAGCAGCAGCUGCCCGGCCACCCCGCCAACUAACUAACUAACCAACCAACCAACCAGUCAGCUAACCAGUCAGCCUCCCUCUCUCCCGCUUCUGCUCCGGGCGACGCACGAGAUGGAGGACAAAACGUUCACCAAAGAGUUGGACCAGUGGAUCGAGCAGUUGAACGAGUGUAAGCAGCUGAACGAGAACCAAGUGAGGACCCUGUGUGAGAAGGCGAAGAUUCUUACAAAAGAAUCUAAUGUUCAAGAAGUUCGAUGCCCAGUCACAGUAUGUGGGGAUGUCCAUGGACAGUUUCAUGAUCUCAUGGAGCUGUUCAGAAUUGGAGGCAGAUCUCCAGACACCAAUUAUCUAUUCAUGGGAGAUUAUGUUGAUCGAGGUUACUACUCUGUUGAGACUGUCACGCUACUUGUAGCACUAAAGGUCCGAUAUCGAGAGCGUAUCACAAUACUGCGAGGAAACCAUGAAAGCAGACAGAUCACACAAGUUUAUGGUUUUUACGAUGAAUGCCUAAGGAAAUAUGGAAAUGCCAGUGUCUGGAAAUACUUCACAGAUCUCUUUGAUUAUCUUCCAUUGACAGCCUUAGUGGAUGGACAAAUUUUCUGUCUUCACGGUGGUCUGUCUCCAUCCAUAGACACAUUGGAUCAUAUUCGAGCCUUGGAUCGCCUACAAGAAGUUCCACACGAGGGUCCAAUGUGUGAUCUGCUCUGGUCAGACCCGGAUGAUCGUGGUGGUUGGGGGAUUUCUCCUCGAGGUGCAGGAUACACUUUUGGUCAAGACAUUUCCGAAACCUUUAACCAUGCGAAUGGCCUCACUCUGGUUUCUCGGGCUCAUCAGCUUGUAAUGGAGGGAUAUAACUGGUGCCAUGAUAGAAAUGUGGUAACAAUAUUCAGUGCACCAAACUAUUGUUACCGCUGUGGUAACCAGGCUGCUAUUAUGGAGCUGGAUGACACGCUGAAGUAUUCUUUCCUUCAGUUUGACCCAGCACCUCGCCGUGGAGAACCUCACGUCACUCGCCGUACUCCAGACUACUUCCUGUAAAUUUAUUUGUACACUACAUCCACGUCAGCAGUUCACCUGCUCUAGAAAAGCAACAAUAUUUAAAUGUUUUUCUAAACUUAUUUGGGUUUGUCCAACUUCAAAGCAUUAACAUGGACCAAAAUGUGCCAUAUACUGAAGGCAUCUGUAUGCCUAGGAGCUUUGAGCACAAUUUGACAGUGGUUAUUUGUUUCAGAAACGGUAUUGUGCAGUCCCAACAGUCAAAAUUUUUUGCCUGCUGUACCGUUUGUAGUUACUUGUCAUUUUGUUUUAUCCAGACUGUGAAAUAUCGAUGUACAAAUGGUAUGAUUAAAACAGCUACAAAUGCAAUAGUCAUGACAUUUUUAGUUGUAGUUUUAUCAGGCAUGUAUUUGGUUUCAGUACAUUUUUUGGUUUUGAAAGAGACACAACCUGCUCCAUUUUGAAUGUAUAGUGUGAAGGUUUAAAAGAGGGUGAAAUGGCUCUUGGAAUGUCUGCUGGAGUGUUGGAGAAAAUACCCCCCUUUUUCAAUGUUUGAAUCACUGUUCUGUGUUACUGUACCUUAUUUCUGUAUAUUUGUCAUGAAAGUGCUUGCAGCUUAUUUGGUGUAUUUCAAAAAAUAAAACAACUUCAAAUC